UUCCGGUCCCCGGAGGCGGGAGAUGUCACCGGUUCGAAAGAGUCGGGGGCGGCCGGAGCGGGGAGCCGGCCGACCUGUCGGAGCACCUCGUGGAGACCGCCGGCCGGAGGCCGCCGCAGAUGGGCGCGAGGGCCGCGGGGCGGGACGCGGGGUCCCCGGCGGCCGGAGGGCACCCCUUCUUCGGCCCCCCGCCCCGCGGCCCCCCGGGCCCGGGCCCGGCCGGGUCACGAUGGACGGAGGAGGAGGAGGAGGACCCGGGGGCGGUCGGCCCCGGGCGUCGCACCUUCUGCGGCUUCCGGAAAUCGUUCCUGUGCCCCCGGCCCGGGCCCGUCCCCGGCGCCCCCGGGCCCGCCCGCGGCCCCUUCGACCCCUGGAAGCUGAAGCUGGAGAUGCCCCAGAGGGUGCAGGUGUCGGCGGAGGAGGCUAACCGCCUGGCGGAGGAACUGGUGGCGGAAGAGGAGCGGGCAAAGCGGCGGGCGGAGAAGAGACGAUCCAAGAAAAAGCGACAGAAGGAGCGGAGGCGUCAGGAGAAGCUUGACGGGAGCAGGGAGGAUGGAAGCGUGAGGAGCGAGGGAGCGGCCUCGGGACGAGACAGCUCGACCCCGCCGGGGACUCCCAGCCGGACCCAGAGCCUCAAGGAGGAAGAUGAGGAGGAGGAGGAGCUGGACCUGCUCAGCACGUUCGUGUCUCAGGCCCGGCGCAAGGUCGGGGAGCGGCCCCCCACCGCCCGGCGAGAGCGAGGCCCGGGCCCCGAGGCGGCCCCGGGGAGUCGGGACCCCGGCCCCGGGAGCCGGACCCCGUGGCCCGAGGUCAGCUGGGUCCGGGGGGAGCCACGGGGCGGGACCGCGGCCCCGGGGACGGCCGAGGUUCCGGGGGCCCGGGAGGCGACCCCGGGACGCGUCUGGUGUCCGGCGGCCCCGGGGACGGAAGAGACCUCGGGGAUCCGGGAGGCGACGCCGGGACGCGUCCGGUGUCCGGCGGCCCCGGGGGUGCCGGCGGCCGCCCUGAAGCGCAGCCUGGAGCUGGCGGAGCUGGGAACCGCGGCCGCCCAGAGGGGCCUGUACCACGAGGCGGUGCUGCUCCUCACCCAGGCCAUCGCCCUCAACCCCAAAGAUCCCAGGCUGUUCGGGAACCGUUCCUUCUGCCACGAGCGGCUGGGCCAGUUGGGCUGGGCCCUGGGGGACGCCCGCAUCGCCCUGGCCCUCCGGCCCCGCUGGCCCCGCGGCCUCUUCCGCCUCGGCAAGGCCCUGAGGGGGCUGAGGCGCUACGGGGAGGCGGCCGCGGCCUUCCGGGAAGCUCUGCUCGUCGAGGGGUCGGAGCCGGACGCGGCCAGGGAACUGCAGCUCUGCCACCUGGAGCUCGCCCUGGUGAGGUGA